CGGAAAAACAGCGACUGAACGAGUAUUAAUUUGGAUCGUCCUGUGCCCUGAUUAUAAAAACAAAUGGCGCUUAAAUUUAGAAAUGCCGAAAUAUAAAUAUGUCUUCUCAACGUGUUAAACUCAAAGAUCAAAUUCUUGACGGUAUAGCAAGAUCAGUAAAAGAGGUGCAAGCCUAUUCAUGUGGCUCAGACUGUGACACUGUAAAAGUCGACAAUGAAGCACGCCCUCUACAGAGGCUGGUGGAACAUCUGGACCAUGCAUUUCUCCAUGGGUUGAAGCACAUCACACCAGGUUACUGGGUCUUUGUCCGACGUUUCACUCAUAAACUCGUCAUAUCAGACAUUCUGGCACUGGAUCGCUUGGCUACAGAUCUUGGCAGAAGUCGUGCUUGGCUUUAUCAGUCUCUGAAUGAGGGAGCCCUAGAGAGUUAUUUCCGAUGUUUUCAAGGCAGUCAGGAUGUUUUAAAGAAGUUUUACAUUGAGCAUGCAUUGAUGCGGGACUCGGAGAGACUGACCCUUCUCAUGACCCUUGUCUCAGGGUUAGAUUUUGUGACCUUUGACCUUGAAUUGAAUGUUGCAUACUUUGACCUGGUCAGCCAUGUUCCCAGGUCGGCCACUGACCUCCGUGACCUGGACGACACCGUGUCCAUCCACAGCAGCGCCUCGGUGGAGUCGGCGACAUCCGGCAUGGUCAACGACCUCGAUGAUCACUCACUGCUUGGUAUUGAAGGUGGAUCGUCUCAUGAUGGCUUGCCAGAGGAAGUUAUACCAUCGACAUUGAACGAUGGUGAUACCUGUGUGAAAGUUUGUGUUGAUGAUGUAAAAGAUGAAGAAAUCCAGGAAUCUGAUGCAAGCCCCAGAGAGGAGGUUGAACAGACAGAAAUCACUGGAUCUCUUGGUAACCCUACUGAAGAUUCCUCAUCUACUUGCUUGCCUUCUGGAACUGAAUCCCACGAGACAGACGACACAAAUGACAUUGCACGACCUUUGACCCUUGACCUUGCCACACAAUCUAACAACAACAGCUCUAAUGAACUCAAGCAUGUCACAAGGAACUACUCCACUCCAGACUUUGAUAUCAACAUGGAGAAAGUAGGGGAACAGGAACAGAACCUUGAGGUCAUUCGCAUCCGCAAGAAAACCAAGAAGAAGAAGAAGCGGAAGAGCAGUAAGGGCAACAGCCAAGCUGUACUGAAGUUGCAGGAGCCGAGGCGAGGCAAGAGGCGUGACAGAAGUUCGAGUCCAAGUACAGUGUCAAUUGCCUCUAGCUGCAUUGAGGAAUCAGAACUUGAGGAUAAAGAACAUUGCCAAGUGGGUUUGGAAUUUCCGGAAGGGUCCAUCUCUUCAGCUACCAACCUGUCCGAGUGUUCAGCGGUAGAAGAGGACGGAGAUUGUGGAAAAGUUCUUGCCAGUAGUUUGCCAGAAAGCGAGAUCAUAUCUCAGGAACAGUGCAAUGGCACCAAACUACAAGAUUUUGCUUUGGGGAAAAACAGUAGUCCAAGUGGAGAGUGUCUAGGGAGUCAAGAAUUGGACAAAAGGGAGAGCAUAUUGGAGGAGUGUUCUGAAAUUGUGACCAAAAUACUUGGUAAUGUGUGCGAGCAAACCAGGGAACCAGUGCAAAAAGGUGAAUCAAAUGUGUUUCCACAAGAAACUUUUGACAUUAAUAGAGAUCGUAUCUCAGAUGAGCAAGUUCCGGUGGAUACGGCCAAGCUCAGGCUGCCCAAGUUCGCUGAUCCCACGUUGCAGGACAGCUUCAAUUCUUCAGUGGAUGGAGUUGAUCAGUCUAUGAUAUACUGGCAAGGAGACAUAACGGACAGUAGCUUUGAUACCGAUGUGACAUCGUCAACUCCUGUGAAGGUUGCUUGUAGGGUUGGCAUUCGACAUGAACUUGAUGAUAUCGCAAAUGAUGAUGAUGAUGUGUUUUUGGAAGGGAAUGGAGCAUUUGGAAGUGGAAUGGACAUUCUCAAGGAAUCGGUUGAUUCUGGAAUCAGGGAACAUAGACAAUCAAAGCUGAAGGCGACAGUUUCUAACCAAACAAAAAGACAACAUUCAGACAAACAAAAGUCGCUAGAAAGGACUGUUUCAGGCACUUUAGACUAUGAACAAACAAUUUCAGUUCAACUGAGAACACAACAAAUGAUAACCUCUGUUCAAUUACAAGGUGAAAGUCCUUCACCGGUAUCCGACCUACCGGUCAGUCCAGAUUCUGGCAUCAACCAAAGCUUUGGGGACUCUAACUUGAGCGAAGGCAUCAAUGCUUGCAGUGCAGACAGCCUUUCCUCUGGGAUUGCGAGCAACCCCGACAUGGAUGGCCCCACCAGUGUCACCACCAACUCCUGCACACGUGACCUUACCAGUCACUCCAAUCCUAGCUCUUCGGAAGCUUCUUCCCUUUCCAGGAAAGGUGAUUCUUUGUGCAAUUCUUCAGGGUUGUCCAUCGUCCAGAGCGUUGCGGAGGAUGUUGAUGGUUUUGUCCUGGUCGAUGUGCUGGAUGACCCUGGUGACCUAGGUGAACGUAGUCAAGGGGAUGGCAAGGAUGCCAGCAUGGAUCCUCUCUCUGCAGUCGACAUCAAUGCCAACGAUGGAGGUCCACCAAAUCCUAUUAACAUGGGCACUUACAACUUUGAUUGCGAUGAAGACAGGGAGGAAGUAACAACUCAUGAAGCUGAAAUGAAGGUUGACAACAAUCUCAAACUCUACCUGAUGUUGGAGAUAUUUAAAAUAGAAGAUGAGAAAUAUCUAAAGUUGAUAAGACUGAGUACUGGCCACAUGGAAGGGAAUCUACUUCAAGCUUUCAUUCUCUUGACAGAUCUUGCCAUAUAUAUACUAAGGAGAGGUGAACGUAAUGGACGAUUCUCAACUGAAAGCAGAACACUUUAUCAUGAGCUGGACUAUGUCUUGAUUGGUUUGAACUUCCAGUCUGUUCAACUUGUCUGUAAGAACAGAAGGAAACAUUUCUGGUUAACAACAGGUAGCCGUUCAUUGACAAGAUUCUUCUUGCAUAGUUUAAGAGGAGUCAUGGAAACUGGUAAACAGGAAGAUUCUCUCUGCGUUCUCACUGAUGCUACUGCCCAGGCUAUCGGCCUUAAGAAGUAUGUUGCCGGAGAAGAAAAAGUGGAAAUGUCAGAAGUCCAAGUCUACCUCUACAGCCUGGUCCACUGGGAGGACCUGCUUGACUCCAACACGGCGGCAGAUCUUCAGCUCUACCUGCCAGCGACCAAGAGGAAAGGCAUGCUCCAUUACAAGACCAAGGAAUCCUUCUUUGUCGGAAGCUACUGGAAGGCAGCAUUCUUCAAGCUGAAGCAGAACGUUCUGAAGCGGUACCAGAGGAAGGAUGCGGAGGAACCAGACCUUGUCAUAGAUCUUGGGUCUCAUAUUUUUGGAGGAUGUCGUCGUAUCCACCAUACCGACCGUCGUUUCAGCUUUGAACUCGUCUUCACCAAUGGGAGUCCGUCCCUUCAGCUAUCGUGUGAUAAUGAGCUCCAGCUAUCCCACUGGCUUCAAAGUUUAUGUGAAGUAGCCUCACAUCAGCAUUCUAUGUCCCAGAUGAAAGGACCCCGUCCGAAUCCUUGCCAACCCUCGUGUGCUGUCAUCACUUCUCGUUCAGUCCUGCUGUGCCUUGAAGACUACCAGACACACUUCUUCAGAACCCUUGCCAGGACAGACCUCACUACCAUCUCCCGGGUGGAGAGAAGCCAGUCUAAGCUCUCGUAUCUUGUAAUGAAUUUCAAGAAUAUGGAGUGUGAUAAUCCAUGGUUGUUGUAUUUCAACUGUUCCAAGGAGCUGGAUAAUUUCGUUUCUCAUCUAGCUCAAGCAUUUCAUAACAAGACACAGAAGGAACUGAGGAUCGGGAACGUCCAGGAUGAGAAAUUAGCCAAGAGAUGCAGCAACUGCCAAGAACUUAUCCUGUCAGCAUGGCAACGAUCAGAUAGCCUCGGGAGGGGGCGCGUUAGGGGUGACUCGUGGUAGAGCUGACCUUGACCAUCAUGAAGGUCGUAUAAAACAAUCUUGUGAAGAUCUCAUGGAUCUUGUAGAUGGAUUGUAAAAUUUGAUUAUCGAAAUUGAGAAUGAGAUCAUGUUCAAAUUUGUAAUGGACUUAUUGUGCAAUCGAAUGCCAUGAAACAUAGAUGCCAUAUUUAUUUGUACUUAACUAUAAACUGUCAAUAGGAUUAAAACAUUUGGUUACACCUGUAGGAACAGACAUGAGUUAUCAUUAACCUAACACUCUUUUAAGAUUAAAUAGAUAAAUAAGUUAAAAAUGUGAAUAUAAGAAAAUAUGUAAUGCUUAUUUAAAAGAACUUAUAAUUAUGACAAGUCAAGAUCAAAGGAAAAAUGGAGAAAAUUGGGGAUGGGGGGUUGAGGAAGGGAGAGGGGUUUUAUAAAUAAGUUGGAGGUACAUUAUUACGGUGGAGUCUACCAGGCAUCAAUUUGAUUGUGUAAAUGCAGGAAAAUGGGAUAAAUAUAUGUUAAAGAUACUCUGACAAAUUGCAUAGAAUAACAAGUGUGAUGGAACCUGCUUCUGCCAGCAACCUGCUCUGGUCAGGAUGCCUCCCGCUGACAGGUUUUGCCACGUCGAUUUCCAAACUUAAGUCACUGAUCCUUUGGCAGAGAUAUACUGCCGCAGUUGACUCUUGCACAAGCCUCGAUCCUGCCUGUACGACUACUCGUUGAAUAGAGCAUCUUUCUUUCUCCUCAUGCGAAAUCACGCACCAUCGCACUCAUGCCUAUUCGCUAUUUGUAUACUGUGACAUCUUUCAUAUUGUAUUCCCAUACCUGUCAAGACCUCUCUGUCCCUGAACAUGCAUACAUGUACAUGAAUCAAGUUUGAUGUUAUAUCUCGUCAGAAUUCUGCCACCUCACAAGGAUGGCUGAUAAAAAUGAUUCACAAGUUUGUAGAUGGUCUGCAAAGCAUUCUACAGUCAUUGCGAUAAAUUUACAUGUAUGCAAUGACCUCUAUAAUCUCUGACUUCAUGACCCCAAGCUCUAAUCAGAUCUUUGCCCAUCCCUUAUGCAUGCAUGAGCUAAGUUUAAAGUUCAUUUGGUCUGUCGAAACAUAAGUUAUUGCAAAAAAAAAGCCAUUUUCAGGUAUACAAUGCCCCAUUCUGAACUUUGACCUCAUGACCCUAUAAUCUAAUCAGAUCUUUGCCUCUCCAAUAUGCAUAUAUGAUGAGCCAACUUAAAGUUUGUUUGUCAAACGUUUCUUAAGUUAUCAUGAUAAUGAGCCAUUUGCAUUAUACAAUGACCUUUCUGACCUUUGACCUCAUGACCCUAUGAUCUAAUCAGAUCUUUGCCCCUCUCAUAUGCAUACAUGUACAUGAGCUAAGUUUGAAGCUGGUCUGUCGAACCGUUCUCAUUGUGAAAACAAGCCAGUUAUAAGUACAUGAAAUAUGAUCUUUGACCUCAUGACCCCGAUAUCGAAUCAGCUCAUUACCCCUUCGAUAAGCAUACAUGUACAUGAUGAGCCAAUCUAAAGUUUGUUUGUCAAACGUUUCUUAAGUUAUCGUGAUAAUGAGCCAUUUGCAUUAUACAAUGACCUUUCUGACCUUUGACCUCAUGACCCCAUGAUCUAAACAGUUCAUUACCCCUCCCAUAUGCAUAUAGUUAUUUUUGUAUAUAAAAUGAGUGAGAUAUUCAUUUCAUCUUUUGUGGUUUCUAUUCACUGAAAUGUCUCGCUGAUAUUAUUGCAACAGCAUGAAUUAAAUUCAUUUCAACCAGUCAAAACAAAAGUGCUUGGUACAUUUAUGAAAUUUGGGCUGAAAACACACUUUGUAUUGAAAUUGUACAUGAAAUCAGGUUUUUGAGCAUUUUUUGCCAGAUGCCUAUUAAGUUACAGGUGACUUUGGAAAUGCGAGAUGAGUUCCUUUUAUAUCAUUAGUAUUAUGUCUGAAAUCAAAUCAUUGUUUUGACUUUAUAUUUGAUAGAAUCAAUGCCACUUCAUUGGAGAAUUUGCUCACAUGUGAGGUUAAAGAUCAAAACUUAAAUACCCUUUUCAAAAAUUCUUUGAUAAAAAUUUCUCAAACCGACUCACAAUUCUCUGAUUUUACUGCAUUUAUAUGUUUUUUUUUUCAUUUAUUUUCAAUUCUCGUAAUUUUUUUUAAAAACAUACAAUCAAUAUACAAUAGAUAAGAUAUGUAUAAAUACAAAGAAUAUGGGGGGGGGGCAGUAAAGACUAUUGGUCUGUCAUAGGCUGGGCUCCAAUAUCAUAGUGGAUUAUACAAAAUAUAGAGAGAGAAGAAGGGGGGGGGGUACAUGUACAUUGGUAAUAACUGAGUUCCUCCUUAUAGCAUUAUGUAUAAAAAUAUGUUAUUUUAACUCUGUAUAUGUGUCAAAUAUUAAAUCAUUAAUGAGUUCAUUGUAUUGAAUCAGUGACUUAAUUCAUUGUAAAUUUCAUCAUGUGGCCUGUAUGUAAAAAUUAAACUCAGAAAAGUUAUAGACCAUCACUUGUACAUUACUUCAUGUAUAUUGAACAUUUUGAUCUGAGCUGAAUAUAGGAAUGCUUUACUUGGUUUUGCCAUAUUUUAGCAAUAGUGACAUAAUUCACUCUCUAUUGAAAUUAUGUAAAUAAAAUUAUACAUAAUAUAUUGAUAAUGAUGACAUGCUUAAUCCUUUACUCUACAUGUAGUGGUUAAUUGCAUAUGAACGUGUAAAAUAUUAGAACUCUGCCUCUCAAUCACAAACGCAUGCAUUGUAAUAGUUCAUGCAUGGCUAUGAUGAAAUAGUGCUUUCUUUUUGUUGUUGCACACAUUCCAAGUAUUAAUGUCUUUUCUUUGUGAGCUCAAAAUUGCUACAUGUAUUGCCUCAUAGUAAAUAUUUGUAAACUUAACAUGAUCAAACAUGUAGUAGUUUGCAAGUAUAAAUAUGAGCCUGUUUAAUCUCAACUUCAUUGCUUUAUUAAUGUGUGUAUGAUUUAUUUGUGCAAUUAUGCCAUUAAAGUACAGACACAAAUAUUGAUUAUUACCAUAUAGGUAAUGGUGAUAUUAUCGUUCGAGUUAUGAAUGGUAGAUCAAAUUCCCAACCUUUUAUUUUGGAUCAUCGUAAGGAAUUGAUUUUGAGAGAAUAGAACAGAUUAUACAUGAAUACUGUACAAGGCAUACUCAAUCAAAACUUAACAAAAGAAAAAAAAUAUAAAAGUUAAGAUACAGGUUAUUUUUUUUUAGCUAUAUUGAUUCUGUCCACCUUUGCUCUGUUAAAAUUCAGUUUUUGAAGAUGUUUUGAAAUAAAAGCGUGGAAAUAGACUGACCCGAUCGUGACUGCAAUCAGUUAUAUUCGUUUGGCGCCUGUCGAAAGUCAAACUGUCAGGGAACUGGCAAGCUUGCAUUCAUCCCCAAUGAUUACAUUUUACUACAAACAAACCCAUGGGGUAUGGGGCCAAGCUGUUUUGAAAGGAUGCAUAGUGGGGCAAGGUGCCUUGCCUUGUACAUGUAUACAGUAGUAAUAAAAAGUAAGUGAACUCCACCUGCAAAUGAACUUAUUUUAAGUAUUCAAGUUCUGCCAUGUUUUAGAUAUUUAAUUGUGAAGUCAGGUGAUAAAAUAUAUUACAUUCAAUGAAGUUUAUUUCUCUGGGCUCGCCGAACAAUUAAGUGUUGUUCUCUACAUUCAAUGUUCAGCAUGAAGGAGUGCAUUUUCUGGUGGUGUUCAUUAACUUAUCCUCCCUUCCUACGUAUAUUUACCAAAGUGGAGGAGCCGUGGUGUAGUGGUUCUGAUUCUCGCCUUGUAAACAGAGGGUCGUGUGUUUGAAUCUCACCGCGGUCUUGCGUCCUCUGGCAAUGCGUUAAUCCACACUUUGCCACUGUCAACCCAGGUGAUAAAUGGGUACCCGGUAGGAUGUGAGAGUCAUUUUAGCU